AUGUUCACAAAGCAAUAUUCCACCAACCGAUAUGAAGAGGUGACUGCUGCCGAGCUAGUCAAUCUCAGGCAGGGAAAAGACGAAACUCUCAGAGCUUUCAUGCACCGAUACAACCACGCCGCCCGGAGGAUAAAGGGAGCCAGCCCCGAAUUCAUCAUCAGCAGUCUGCCCAACUGCCUCAAGGCAGGAUUCGUCUCUGAAAGCCUGUAUGCCAAAUUACCCCAUACGUUGGAGGAGCUACAACAAAAGAUGGCUAAGUUCAUUAAAAUGGAAGAUCAGAGGAUUUUCCGGAAGCAACAACACGAGGAGCAUCCAGUAAGUGUUAACAAAAAAGAGGGCAAGCGAAAAAAUGACAACGUCCGGGAACAGAAACCAAUCGUGAAUCUGAACCCCAGAUACGACCGCUAUGCGCAUCUUACCGCCCCUAGAGAAAAGGUGUUGGAACGAGCUCUACAAUUGAACCUCAUCUUUCAAAGAAGAAAAUUUCCACCGAAAAAUAUGGAUGCGACGCAGAUAUGCCGAUUCCAUAAUUCGGGGGGACAUACUACUGAAGGCUGCCAGACUCUCAAGGAUGAAAUAGAGAAGCUAAUCCGUGCCGAACAUCUUCGUGAAUUUGUAAAGGAAGAUUAA